GAAGAAGAAGAGCGGGAAUAACGAGGAGAGUAGGGAGAAAAGGCGCGUAGGGUUGUUUGAAAGAUGUAAAAUCUUUUUGUCGGAAAAUCAACAAGUGCCUUGUUUGAAUCGGACGCGAGGCCGCCCGCCCCUCGUAAGGUGCGUGCUUUCUCGGCUGAGCGGCUUCGGGAAAGUUCGGUUAAACUCGGGCUGCGCGCGGCGGCGGGAGGAAAGCUCGGCGCCGAUCGGUUUCUGGUUUCUCCCACGAGCGCUUGGUGUCAGCGUAUGCGCAGAGCGGCUGCGCACUAGGCGUGUGCGUUGUCUGGAUUCUUUGUGCCAUUCUUGGCAUACCAAAAACAGAGUAACUCUUCAUAUUUACGGACGAAAUACCGUCCUAAUUUCGUGAAAACUGCCCGCGGCGAGCGUCAUCCGGCCCCCUGUGUUGUCACCGAGAAUUACGGCGUGUGUUUUCAAAUACUGUGCACGGCCAGCUGCGACGGAUUACCCGCGGGAAAACAGUGCGAAUAUCAUGUCCCUCUGCUACCUGAGAGGUGUAUCCUCAUCGCCGUCAUCCUGACCUGCCCGAGAAAUCCUCAUGAAAGACUGGGAACUCAGUACUCAGAAUAGCAUCGGCAGUGCGGUGGCUGCAGCCGACACCAUUUCCUCGCCGUGGACCCCCGCGAGUUCCGGGCCGCCGCCCGACGCCAACGGCUCCGGCUCGGAUACCAAGAAUCUCGACGUUGGCGACAUCAGCGAUGACGAAAAGGAUUUGUCGGCAGCGGACGCGGAGGGUGUCUGGUCACCGGAUAUCGAACAGAGCUUCCAAGAGGCGUUGGCGAUAUACCCGCCAUGCGGUCGACGCAAAAUUAUCCUCUCCGACGAAGGCAAGAUGUACGGUCGCAACGAGUUAAUAGCUCGGUACAUAAAACUUCGGACGGGAAAGACGAGAACGAGGAAACAGGUCUCGUCACACAUCCAGGUACUCGCCAGGCGAAAACUACGGGAAAUUCAGGCAAAGCUCAAAGUGGAUCAUGCUGCGAAGGAGAAGGCAUUGCAGACAAUGUCGAGCAUGUCCAGUGCGCAGAUAGUGUCGGCUGGAACAGCGAUACACAACAAGAUGCCCCCCGCCCUUGUGGGGCCCUUAGCCCUCCACACUUCCACCCCCGUCUCCUAUCCCGGAGCGCAAUUUUGGCAGCCUGGCUUGCAACCAGGAACAUCCCAGGAUGUCAAACCCUUCCCACAACCAGCUUACACCGGAAAACCAGCAACUGCAGUUUCCAGUGGAGAUGUGGUUCAGGCACCACCCCCGCCACCUUGGGAGGGUAGAGCGAUUGCCACGCACAAACUUAGGCUUGUAGAAUUUUCGGCCUUCAUGGAACAGCAGAGAGAACCAGACACCUAUCACAAACACCUAUUCGUCCACAUAGGGGGCUCCGCCACCUAUGCCGAUCCACUUUUGGAAGCGGUAGACGUCCGACAAAUAUAUGACAAGUUUCCGGAGAAAAAGGGAGGCCUCAAAGAGUUGUACGACAAGGGACCUCAGGCAGCCUUUUUCCUUGUUAAAUUCUGGGCAGACCUCAACACCAAUAUUCAAGACGAAGCUAGGGCUUUCUACGGUGUCACAAGCCAGUAUGAAAGUAACGAAAACAUGACGAUAACAUGUUCCACAAAGGUUUGUUCCUUCGGUAAGCAAGUAGUAGAAAAGGUGGAGACGGAAUAUGCUAGGUUUGAAAAUGGGAGGUUUGUGUACCGCAUUCAUCGCUCCCCCAUGUGCGAGUACAUGAUCAAUUUCAUCCAUAAGCUUAAACACCUACCUGAAAAAUACAUGAUGAACAGUGUGCUCGAAAACUUCACUAUACUUCAGGUUGUAACGAAUAGAGACACACAGGAGACGUUACUUUGUACAGCGUAUGUAUUUGAAGUAUCAACGUCCGAGCAUGGCGCGCAGCAUCACAUAUACAGACUUGUCCAGGAUUAGUCUGUUUUUUUAUCUGCUCGUCACGCAGCCAUCCACCCCCAUCAGUGCCUACACCCACUACUCAUCCACACAAACAUACAUAUAAUAACACACAUCAUUUUAAGGGGUCUCUAAAGAGGAUGUUUUGGUCAACGAGUUACAAAGAGCAUAUGCAUGAGAAACUAGCCCAGCGUUUACACGAACUUUUGAAGCGCUGUUGUUGUUUUCCCAAAUUUUUUUCGAUUUUUACCUGCGACAAACACUUGGGUAACUAUUUGACAUUGUCGAAGAAUUCGAUGAGAUGAAAUUAUGUUUCAUGCUCUGUUCAAUGUUGUAUUUUUGUCUUCUUUCUGUUGGUCAAAGUAAUGCGCUUUAUAAUUCGUUGGUUCCUGUUUAUUGCACUAAAUUCAGUGAUAUUACCAAGCCUAGUAAUUCUUGUGCAAUACGUUGGGAUGUUCAAUUUGAUAUCUCUUAUUAUAAAUCACAUCUUUCAAACUUAAUAGUCAUACUUUAGUAAUUUGUCAGGAAAUAUUCCAACGACAAUUGUUUUUAUUAAAAACAUUUAUUCUUAAAAGUUUUUCAACGAUACAAGAUUUUUCUUCUUGACAUGAUGUUUCGCGUAUUUAAUCGGCUUGGUUAUUUCACAUACAGUUUGAAAACAUCCUCGAAGCUUAGAAUCUCCAUAAUAGAACACAAAUGCACCCAGAGACAUAGAAGCGUACUAGCCAGCCCGAGCUCAUGGUUAGUUCAAAUUUCCAAUUUGCAGUAAACCAUGAUGUUUUAACUUUAUUUUUCUAAAAAAAUGUUAUAUAUACAAUGUGCAAACUUCAACAUGGAAAGUUUGAAAUAGUAUGAGAUAACAACCAUAAUGUAACACUGUUCAUUAGUCGCAAUGAAAGGUCCAAAGAGUAACAGGCUAAUAGUAACGUGCAAUAAUCAUUAUCGCUAAUAAACUAGUAACAAAAAGAAAAGAAAUCAUAGAGCGAAAGGUUACUAACAUUUUUACGAAAAAUGAACAACUUCAAAAAGAUGGUGAAUCCAAUUUCUUAGAAGGACCUACAACAUGUGUAUAUGGUAUUUUGUUGGUCAAAUUUCUGACGGCAAGUGAAAAAAUGGAAAAGAAAUAUAUGUAUAUGACAAUAAAUAAUAAUGGUAUAGAGAACAUGUCAUACUGGAAUUUGGAGCGAACAAAAAACUUAGAUAUCGGAGUGGCUCAGUACCAACUUUACUUAGUAUUAUAGUUUUAUUAUUGAACUAGCUAAUAGGAGAUCAGGCAAGACAUCCACACGUAAAUAACAUAUUAUAUUAUUACGAAUAAUAGUAUAUGUUGCUGAAUGAAAUAUUAUGACAAUGUUUGCGAUUUUCAUUGUUGUAAAUGGUCAUGUAUAAAGCUAUCAAAGUGAUUUUAAGUUUUAAUGGAAAUGAAAGCUAAAGGAAUGCCAUUACAAAUUUAUAAAUCUUCUGAUUUUUAUAAUUCUUUUUAAUAGUGAAAGGAAAAGAAAGAGAAAUAAAGUAGUUUUGCACAUUUUUAUUACACUCUAUACAGAUUGUUUUUAAACUAUUACAAUUUAUACUGAGAGCUUUUUUGGAGCUCCUUCAAUUUUCAAUCAUCUAGUGAGAUGACUAUUUUUAUUUUUAUCUUAGUGAAGGUUUUUUGAUUUUCGAGAAUGCAGACAAUCUUUUUUAACAAUACCUAAUACUUGUGCGAUGCUACCCUUAUCUUUUUGGCAGCAACACGUAGAAUAGAAAUGUGUUCGUACUUGUUAUAAUCAGUCUACAUUAUAUUUCUAAGCUCCUUUUUUCUGUAGUUUACACACGAAUUACUUUCUUACUUUAGCGUACUGUUUUCGUUUUUAACUUUAUACUACAUUUACAAAGCAAUAUUUUCUCAGCACACGCCCACCUGUUUCUCAGUUCUUAACACGAUUUUGAUUCGGCAAGUUUUAGAUUUUUUCAAGUCCAGGGUUUAUUUAGGUCACCGUAAUUUUAAUGCAUUUUUCAAAACCUAAGACAGACUAAAAAAAAUAUGCCGCGUUCGUCCUUUGAAUUGUUUUGUACUUAAUCUUUGAUGCGUAAUUGUCGACGAAAACUACUUCCAAACAUCAGAUCAAUUUGAAAGAAUGCUUUGUACCAUAUCUUCAGUUAGUACUGUAGUAUUUAAGUGUUCAUCGCGUAAACCCUGGUAAUUUUCAAUGGAAAUACUUCACAACAUUUAUUGUUGACACGAUUUUAUACUGAGUAAGUCAUUCGCACUUUCGGAUACCAAGGUAUUUUGGUAAAAACGACGUAUCAAAAAUUACUUACUCCUUCUACUUAAACACAAUAUAUUUCGAUUUGUUGUUUUAUCUUGACAUAGAACUUGCCUAUCAGUAACAAAUUUACCCAUAACCGAUAAAAACACAUAGGUUUAUUUUAAGAAUACAUUACUAUUAAUUACCGUAUCGUUACUUUAAUUAUUAUAACGAAACAAGUGGCAAUGUAUUUUGAUCUCUCUUUUAGUCAGAAAUAUGUUUUUCUUUGGUGUUUUAUUUUUUUUUUAAUUUUUUUUUUGUAUUUUCUUGGUGAGAAACAAAUUCGCUGUAUGGCUGAUCAAUGAGGAAGGAAUUUUAUUCGAAGAAAAAGAAAAUUAUCUAUUUUUAUGUUUAUUUGUACUUGCAAAUUGGCAGCUUCAGUACUUCUUAGUUAUUGUUAUUUUUAUAAUAAUUAAUUAUAAAGCAAAAAAGUUUUUGUUUGCUAGCAGAUGAAAUAUGGUAUAGCAAAUUUUAGGUUUUUAUUUUAAGGCUAAAACGAUUUUACAUAUGUGAAAUUUUUUAUUCAUACCACGCAAUAUUAACGAGUGAUGUUCAAAUAAAUUUCUUUUAAUUAUGUGUGUUUUUUGUGCGGAAACAAAAAUUUGAAUUGAGCAUAAAAAAAGAAGUACCGGCACUAAUAUUAUUAACAUUAAUGAUUUUAACGUAAGCGAAUUACAUUUAUAAGAAAAGAUUAUGAAAAUAUAUAUUUAUCUAUGUCUUCUGUGAAGAUAGAAAAUAGUACUCUCUGACUCUAUAUUGAUGAUAUCGAAAAUCAGUAACCAGCAAAGAUACAAAAAAUGGCAGAGUAACAAUAAAUGAAAAUCAGUUCGCACUAUAUACAUCAACACAUCUUAUAGCAUGUUCAGAUUUUUUAAGUAACUUUGUAUAUAUUUACAUGGACUCCAUCACAAAUUCGCGUUUCAAAGAUUAUGUUACUUAGACUUUUGAUCUGCAGAAUCCAACUCCUAAGUUUUUCUCUAUGUUUAUUUGUAAUUUUUACCGAAGAGCGUACUAUUCUGCAGUGGGAAAACCAUUAUAACACACCUGAAGUAAAGUUUUAAUAUGUCCAUAUCUGGAACUGCCAUAUCAAUGAAUUGAGCUUGAUCAUAAUGAAACAGAUAAAAAAAAAAUUGAAAAUAAUGGAGAUGAAGAAAAUCUACCUGUAUAUUAUAUUAUCAUAAAUGAAACGAAAUGAGGAUCAAAGUAGUUGACUUAACAAGUAAAUGAAAAUAAAUGAAAUAUAUCAUUAAAUUAGAGGUUUAAAAGUAUAAUAGAACUCAGUAUAUGUACAGUAUUUGAAAAAAACAUGUUUAUAAUUUGUAUGGAAAAAUAAAUAAUUGAUACAAAACAAA